AUGUUGCCAUUACAGGGGCCAGUGUCAUUCAAAGAUGUGGCUGUGGAUUUCACCCAGGAGGAGUGGCGGCAACUGGACCCUGAUGAGAAGAUAACAUACGGGGAUGUGAUGUUGGAGAACUACAGCCAUCUAGUUUCCUUGGGUUCUAACUUUGAUAAGGUGAAUUUCCAUGUCAACAUAGUCCAGAUCGUGAAGAAGUCAUGCUACCCACGCUGGAAUGAGACGUUUGAAUUUGAGCUGCAGGAGGGGGCCAUGGAGGCGCUGUGCGUGGAGGCCUGGGACUGGGACCUUGUCAGCCGAAACGACUUCCUGGGCAAAGUGGUGAUCGAUGUCCAGAGACUGCGGGUGGCGCAGCAGGAGGAGGGCUGGUUCCGGCUGCAGCCCGACCAGUCCAAGAGCCGGCGGCAUGACGAACCUCAGACCAGGGUUCAAGUCUCCAAGUCAUUGAUUCACUCACUCAUUCAUUCAUUCAUGAAUAAACAGUUUGCCCUGCAUGUGUACCUGGCCCCCUCCUGGGCGGAUACGGCAGGCAAACGGUGCAAGGGCGGCUGCCGGGAGAAGGUGGGCAGCUGGAGUGGGACUGGGGGAGACAGGAUCAGUGUGACCUGCGGUGGUCCCCAGGUGGCCGGGAUGCAGUACCUGCACGGCGUCCUGGGCCCCAUCAUCAACAAGGUGUUUGAGGAGAAGAAGUACGUGGAGCUGGACCCCAGCAAAGUGGAAGUUAAGGAUGUAGGGUGCUCCGGGCUGCACCGCCCGCAGACCGAGGCCGAGGUGCUGGAGCAGAGCGCGCAGACGCUGCGCGCCCACCUGGGGGCCCUGCUGAGCGCGCUCAGCCGCUCGGUUCGCGCGUGCCCCGCCGUGGUGCGCGCCACCUUCGGCCAGCUCUUCCGGGGCGUGCGCGAGCGCUUCCCCAGCGCCCAGCACGAGAAUGUACCGUUCAUCGCCGUCACCAGCUUCCUGUGCCUGCGCUCCUUCUCUCCCGCCAUCAUGUCGCCCAAGCUCUUCCACCUGCGGGAGCGCCACGCGGACGCCCGCACCAGCGGCACCCCGCUCCUGUUGGCCAAGGCAGUCCAGAACGUGGGCAACAUGGACACGCCGGCUUGCAGGGCCAAGGAGGCUUGGAUGGAGCCGCUGCAGCCCACCGUGCGCCAGGGCGUGGCGCAGCUGAAGGACUUCAUCACCAAGCUCGUGGACAUCGAGGAGAAGGACGAGCUGGACCUGCAGCGGACGCUGAGUUUGCAGGCGCCACCUGUGAAGGAGGGGCCACUCUUCAUCCACAGGACCAAGGGCAAGGGCCCCCUCAUGUCCUCCUCCUUCAAGAAGCUCUACUUCUCCCUCACUACCGAGGCCCUCAGCUUCACGAAGACGCCCAGCUCCAAGAAAAGCACCCUCAUCAAGUUAGCCAACAUCCGGGCAGCGGAAAAGGUUGAGGAAAAGAGCUUUGGCAGCUCGCACGUCAUGCAGGUCAUCUACACGGACGACGCCGGCAGGCCCCAGACUGCCUACCUGCACUGCAAGGACAGCCACAGUGUGGAAGACCCUGUGCCCCUUCUGGGGUGAGGAGUACCAAGUGCACCUGCUGCCCACCUUCCACGCUGUGGCUUUCUACGUCAUGGAUGAGGAUGCCCUCAGCCGGGACGACGUUAUCGGAAAGGUCUGCCUUACGAGGGACACCAUAGCCUCUCACCCUAAGG